AGGAGGAAGCCACGAGAUCGCCAAUCCGCCAUUGCUCUCCUCCCCCCGUCUUUGACCUCCCUAUUCUCUCUCUUCUCCUCCUCCAAGGCCUCCUCCGGCAGCGGCCCCCGUGAUGGGCGCGGUGUCGCGCCUGGAGCCGGGCCAGCGGAGCGCGCCGAUGCGGCUGUGUGUGCACGUGCUGGAGGCGCGGGGGCUCCCGGCCAUCUACCUCAACGGCUCCAGCGACCCCUACGUGCGGCUGCAGCUCGGGCGGCGGCGGGCCAAGACGACGGUGGUCAAGCGCAGCCUCAGCCCGCUGUGGGACGAGGAGUUCGGCUUCCUCGUCGCCGACGUCGCCGAGGAGCUCGUCGUCUCCGUGCUCAACGAGGACAGGUACUUCAGCACCGACUUCCUGGGCCGGGUCAAGGUGCCGCUCUCCGCCAUCCUGGAGACGGAGGACCACUCGCUCGGCACCGCCUGGUACGAGCUCCAGCCCAAGACCAGGAAGUUCAGUAGGAAGAGGCGCGGUGAAAUUUGCCUGAGGAUAUACUUAUCGGUCAGGGAAGGUCACUCGAAUGAAUCACAAAACAUUCUGAUGCAACUUAUCAAUGAUACACCUUGCAGCUCAAGUAGGUCAAUUGAAACUAGUGCCUCAUCCUUAUCAGCUGUCCCUAGCAGCCUGGGUCUCUCAUCCUCUGCCAGCAUGGAUCACGCAUUAUACCGAAGUGGUGGGGAUCAGUUGAUCCAGAGAAUCACAGACCAAAAAGGCACUAGCAGCAUAGAGAGCCAACCCUGUGGCAGCACACAACAAGCUGUUCUUUUGGAACCUGAAGAAGAUGAUGCUGAUGCUGCUAAUGCAUCAUCAGUAGUGGAGGUCUUGUCUCGGUACUUCCGGAAAGGUGCUGAUACUGCAUCUUCUUUCACAUCAGAACCUGAGCCCAUGGAUCACUUUCAAGAAACAGAAAUUAAUUCUGAAUUUUGUGAAAAUGGCAAGAACAGCACACCUGAGGUUGGUCUGCAUGAGCUACUGAGAACUAUGGAGUCUAAAGAUCAAGGUUGUGGAAUGCCAGGAAACUUGCCUGGUGGUAUUCUAGUGGACCAAUCUUACGCUAUUGCGCCAACUGAAUUGAAUACCAUGCUGUUUUCUGCAAAUUCAGAUUUCUGGCCAGCAGUUGCAGAAGUUCAAGGACUAAGUGGGCUUCAAAAUGAUCCAUGGAAACUUGAGAAUAGUGAGAAUUGUUUGAAAAGAACAUUAACUUACACAAAAGCUGCAAGUAAAUUAGUUAAAUCUGUUAAAGCUACAGAGGAGCAGACAUACUUGAAGGCAGCUGGAAACUCGUUUGCUGUCCUUUCUUGUGUUAGCACUCCUGAUGUUCCCUGUGGUAAUUGUUUCAAGGUGGAGAUAUUGUACUGUAUCAUACCAGGUCCCCAGUUGCCAUCUAAAGAACAAACCUCACAACUUACAAUAAGUUGGCGUCUGAACUUUGUUCAGAGUACAAUGUUGAAAGGAAUGAUCGAGAAUGGGGCAAAACAAGGCCUCAGAGAAGGAUAUGCACAGUUUACUGAAGUGCUUUCCCAGAAAAUUAAAGUUGUUGAGCUUGAUGAUGCUAACUCAAGCAAAGACAAGAUUCUAGCUUCACUGCAGACACAUGAUCAAUCAAACUGGAAGCUGGUAGCUCGUUUCCUUGGGAGUUUUGCAUUCAUAUUCUCUUUCACUGUAGCAGUGUAUGGCAUUGCACAUCUUCGUCUGGCAAAGUCCAAUAAUAUGGGGCUUGAAUAUUUUGGUAUUGACCUGCCAGAUUCUAUUGGGGAGGUUGUAUUUUGUGCUAUUUUGAUCCUUCAGGGGCAGAAUAUCUUCAAAGUGGGUCGACGUUUUUUGCAUGCCUGGAAACAACGUGGCAGUGAUCAUGGGGUCAAAGCUCAUGGUGAUGGUUGGUUGCUGACUGUUGCGCUUAUUGAGGGAAGUGGAAUAGUAGGUGCAGGCACGCCUGGGUUGCCUGACCCUUAUGUAGUUUUUAUGUGUAAUGGAAAGAGAAAAACUAGCUCAGUUAAAUUCCGGACAUCAGAGCCAAAAUGGAAUGAGAUAUUUGAAUUUGAUGCGAUGGAUGAUCCUCCAUCAAGGUUGGACGUGGUUGUGCAUGAUUCAGAUGGACCGUCUGAUGAAACUACCAUUGGUCGCACAGAAGUAAAUUUUGUCAAAAACAAUUUGACAGAUUUGGGUGACAUGUGGCUUCCACUCGAUGGAAGGUUUGCCCAAGGAUCUGAGCCCAAGUUACAUGUAAGAAUCUUCUUGAACAACUCGCGGGGGACUGAAGUUGUUAUGAAUUAUCUGGAAAAGAUGGGGAAAGAAGUUGGUAAGAAGAUGCAUUUGCGGUCUGCCCAGACAAAUUCAUCAUUUUGUAAGCUCUUUAGCCUCCCCACAGAAGAAUUUCUUAUCGAUGAUUUCACCUGUCACCUGAAAAGGAAAAUGCCACUUCAGGGCCGCCUCUUUCUUUCACCAAGGAUAAUUGGAUUUUAUUCCAAUAUCUUUGGGCGGAAAACCAAGUUUUUCUUUCUUUGGGAAGACAUUGAUGAUAUCCAGGUUGUUCCACCUUCACUAUCAACAGUUGGGAGUCCAUCCUUGAUGAUCAUCCUCCAGAAGGACAGAGGUCUAGAAGCUAGGCAUGGCGCCAAAACACAGGAUCCUCAAGGAAGACUGAAGUUCCAUUUCCAAACAUUUGUUUCCUUCAAUGAUGCUCAUAGAAUUAUUAUGGCACUCUGGAAAAUGCGGUUAUCAGGCCUAGAACAAAAGGGAGAGGUGAAUGACAAAGAACCUGAACCGAAACAGCUCGCCUCUGACGAAGGUUCUCUGUUGGGCAACGAAGACGUAAAAAUGACAGAAGUCUACACAGCAGUUCUUUCGGUCGAUGUGAAUGCCUUGAUGGAGAUGUUCUCUGGAGGUCCAUUGGAGCAGAAGGUGAUGCAGAAAGCUGGUUGUGCUGACUAUUCACCAACAGAAUGGGAACCGGUAAACCGAAACAUAUACCAACGACAGAUCAGCUUUAGAUUUGACAAAAGUUCAUCCAAAUAUGGAGGAGAAGCAACAACCACACAACAAAAAUAUAACUUACAGAAUAGAGAGGGGUGGGUCCUUGAGGAGGUGAUGACCCUCCAAGGCGUCCUACAUGAAGAUUACACGAGUAUCCAGCUCAAGUACCAUAUGAUGAGCACGGCCUUGAAACCAAACUCCUGCAGCAUUCAGGUAAUGCUAGGGAUUGUCUGGUUGAAGGGCACUAGGCAUCAAAAGAAGGCCACGAAGAAUGUCAUGUCAAAUUCUGCCAACAGGCUGAAGGAGAUGUUCCUGGAAGUGGAAAAGGAGCUUACAUCAAGAAAAGGUAUCCCCUUCAGCACACUAGAUCGAUUCCGCCCUGCAGCAAAUUGGUGGGGGUUAACAUUGAUGCAAGAGAACCGAGUAGAUUGAUGAUUUUACUGUCCAACUAGAUUAAGAGAAGACACGGAAGUUUGGCUCCUGUCGAGAUGAUCAUUAGCUCGGAGCAUCAGCACCGUUGCCUGCUUGACCUCUGGCUGCCGGCCCAGUUUUUCCACAGAUGACCAGCGUAUGUGAAUAGAUGAUAGCCACAGAUAUGCUUCUCCUCAAACAUCUGAUUAAUCCAAUAUUGCCUUGACAGGAACUCAAACAGAAAUGUAUAUACACAAUCAAAAUUAUACCACAAGAUUACAGAAAUCGAAUAUAGUAUUUUCACCCGA